AUGGUGGAGAACUCCAGAGCACAAAACAUGUAUUAUAGAAUAAUAACCAGGAGUAAUCUGAUUCCAGAUCUGAACAAAAUGAAGAGAAAACAGCUAGUUUUUUUACUACCUCGUAUUACAAGAAUCAAACUCUGUGCCUUUGUUCUUGUUUCUGUGAUCUGCUGUAGCUUUGGAGAAGAUGGUGAUGAUCAAGUACUGAAACUAAUGGCCUUCAAAAACUCAUCGGUGGAAUCCGAUCCAAGAGGGUUCUUAACCAACUGGACUCCGGAUUCGACGAGCCCUUGCUCGUGGAACGCAGUUCACUGCUCCGAAAAUGGCAAAGUCGUAAAACUCGACAUCACAAACGCCACCUUAGUCGGCCACCUCCACAUCUCCGAUCUCAUGGUCUUGCCUAAUCUCACCGAGCUCCAUUUCGGCGGCAAUUCUUUCUACGGCAAUCUGUCGUCGAGCAUCAACACGUGCACCUUCGAGUUUCUUGAUUUUUCGGCCAACAACUUCUCCGGUGAUCUUGCCGCAGCUCUCGAUUUCGGGAGCUGCCGAAAUCUCAGAAAACUGAAUCUCUCUUCCAACGAAUUUUACGGUGAGAUUCCACGCGGGUUGGGGCGUUUGUGUGGGACACUCGAAGAGCUUGAUCUUUCGGACAACGAUUUAACAGGCGGGCUUCCUUCAACCUUUGAAUUUUGUUCUUCACUGAUUAGCCUCAACCUCGGAAACAAUCAGCUCUCGGGUGAUUUUCUCUCCACAAUCAUUGGCUCGAUCACAACCCUCCAUUUUCUCCACCUACCGUUCAACAACAUCAGCGGCUCAAUACCGCAAUCGUUCACAAACUUCACUCAGCUUCAAGUACUCGACCUCGGUGCAAAUGCCUUAACCGGAGAUCUGCCUCUCGAAUUUUGCUCGAGCGAAGUUCAGUCACCUCUAGACACGAUAAUCUUGGCCGAUAACUAUCUCACAGGUACGAUUCCUACAGGGCUCGGACUGUGUAAAAACUUGAGAGUCAUUAAUCUCAGUUUCAACGCUAUUUCCGGACCGAUUCCAAGUGAAAUCUGGGCGCACCCGAAGCUAUCAGACAUAGUUAUGUGGGGCAACAACAUCACAGGCGAAAUCCCACAAGACAUUUGCAGUACAGGAGCAAAUAUCAAGACAAUGAUCCUCAACAACAAUCUCAUCACCGGAAAGAUUCCGGUUUCCAUAGGCAACUGUACUAAUCUGGUUACACUCUCGUUGUUCAGCAACCGACUCACCGGUGGAAUCCCACCGGGCAUUGGAAAUCUAGCCAAUCUCACCGUGCUUCAGUUCGGUGACAAUUUUCUUACAGGAGGGAUACCCCCUGAACUAGGCAGGAGCACAAGCCUCGUAUGCCUCGAACUGAGCGAUAAUUUCCUGACCGGAGAGGUCCCAUCGGAGCUCGCGAACCAAACAGGACUUCUGAUAGCCGGCAUUGCACCUAAAAGAACCUUUGUCUUCUUGAAAAACGGAAUCAGGGCAGGAUGCAUAGGUUCAGGCAGGCUGAUCGAACUGGAGGGGAUUAAAUGUAUGUCGAAGCUCUACGAUCUUUUCCCUUUCCGAAACUGCGCCGUUUUCAGGAUACACCCUGGAAACGUGUACUACGCAUCUGAGAGAAACGGAAGCAUGAUUCACAUUGAUCUGUCACAUAAUGACCUGACGGGGACGAUACCUGAGAGCAUAGGCUCGAUGUAUUCUCUAAGGAUACUCAAUUUAGGGCACAACAGGUUGAACGGAAACCUACCGGCAAGUUUAGGCGGUCUGAGAUCGCUGUCGACGCUGGACCUAUCGUACAACAGAAUCGAUGGAUCCAUACCAGGAACGAUGCAGAUGCUCUCGUUUCUUACGGAUAUGGAUGUGUCGAACAACGAUCUCGUCGGGCAGAUUCCGAUGGGCGGGCAGCUGAGUACGUUUCCGGCAUCUAGGUUUGAGAAUAAUUCGGGGCUUUGCGGAAUUCCUCUGCCACUGUGUGGAAGAAGUAGGAAUCCACCACCACCGCCGCCGCCGCCGAGGGUUGAAGGAGAUUCGUCGGCGUUUCCGCUGCGUGGAUUCGCUAUGUAUUUCGUGAUUGGAUAUGUACCAUUUUUGGUUUGCUCGUUCUGCAUUUUCACUUUCUGUUACGAUUUGAAAUGUGCGAAGUUGGAAUGGUACAGAGUUAAGGUGCAGAGAAGGAAACGAAAGUGA